GGAUGAAAGAACCCCAUGAAUUGGUGAACGAGGAGGUGAUGGUUAUUUGGGGCAGUGGAAAAGGUACUUCCACCCAUCAUGCAAAGGUACUUGCGGUGAGCGAUUCCAAAGAGAAGCUCAUUACAAAGAGAAAUAAACUGUGUAAUGAUCAACCCAUUGAUACCGACAUUGAGACUGGCAGAGGGAAGAGGAAAAAGAAGCCAGUAAAAUUCAACUAUGACGAGAGCGAGGAAGAGGAGGAGGAAACUUCAUGUCCGGCUCCAACUAAGAAAGUGAAAUCUAGCAGCAAGCUGGGUCACUGUAAUGAACUGGCAAAACAGCUGAAGAGGCAGAUGUUUGGAACAAAUGAAGCAGUACAUGUGCAUCAGACAAAAUCAAGUGCUAGCACUACAGUCUCUCGGGAGUUGGAUCAAAUGAAAGAAGAAGUGGAAAAACUGAAGAAGGAAAAGGAGGUGCUGCAAGGAAAGCUCAUAAAAGAGAAGGCGUCAAGAGAAAACCUGCAGCAGCAGUUGUUAUUCUUAAAAGGUGUGCCAAAAUUUAUUGACACUUUCAAUGGUUUCAUGAGCAAAAUGGAGGAUUUCUCAAGAACAGUCAAGCACAACAACAUUCGAGGUUACAAUGGCAGCAAUGACCAAGUCAAGAUGGCCAGCCCAUUGGAUGAAGAAUCUUCUACAGUGGCAUCACCAUCAUCUUCACCAUCCACCUCAUCUAGCAAGAAACCCAGUAAUUCACAGACCCAUAUAUAUCUGACCCCCACAGUGACCAUAACCAAAUCACUGUUGCAGAAUUGCAACAGCAGCGAUUAUCGCAAAUAUACGUGUGAUUUAAUGCUUGGAAUGUUUGGGAGGAAGACACUUGUGAACUCCUCUCUCACCGGAGGCAAGAACUCAGCUGGACAGGCGAAACCUCCUUUGGACAGUGAGAAGGUCCAAGCCAUAACAAGUAAGAAGUUUUGGACAUUUUCUUUGCUGAAACUGUACAUAGCUGUUGGGAUAAUAUAUGUUUGGGGCCAUGUGAUGUCCAAGUUUGGGAGGUCGGUUGUAGACGUCCGCACAGUGAUGCUAAACAAAGUAAGCAAUGAGGUGAAGCUUGCUAAAAAGAGGUCUGCUGCACUAGAGGCCAAGAAAACGGACCCUGGCAAGGAAUCAGAAUCGAACCCAAAGGAAUCGGAUAAUGUACUAGACACCGAUGAAUCGGACCUCGACGAUUAA